AUGGAUCCUACCAAUAUCUCGAUUCUCCUAAACAACACAUCUCUCAUCAUAACCGGCACCUCGCUCUUCAUAAAUGGAACUCUAAUUAAUGAGAAUACGUAUGAACAUGCAUCUGCGUGUACAGUUUAUAAUCCCCGCAGAAGCGAUACCUCGCUCACGGUGUUUAUUGUGUUUAUUUUCCUCGCUGGUUCGUUUCUCGGGUAUGGGUUUGGGGCUGUGGAGAGGGUGGAAUUGUUGUGGACGCGGAGGGCGGAGGGGAAUUGGUUGGGGGAGAAAUGUAAGGUGAUGAUGGGGGCUGAGGAGCAGAGGGAGAGGGAGGGGUGGGGUGGGGAUGGGGAGCAUGAGACGGGGGUUAUGUUGUUAGAGAGGAGGGAGAAGAGGGUUGAGAUGGUGUUGGGGGGUGGGUGUGAGAGAGAUGGGUUUGUUGAGGGAGGGGAUGUAGAGAGGGGAUGGGGAUGUGGAGUUAGCUUGGCUGCGGAGGACAAUGUGGAUGGUGUGAUGGAUGGUCCUUGGAGGGAUCCCAACCUGUUUCUCUGUAGUUGA